UGUACACUUAAAAAAAAGCCUCCUCGGUUACAUGGCCCUUUCAUUCACCGAGGCCUUCAAAAGUGGACCCUCUAUUAAGUCCAGCCCAUCCCGCCAACUCUCAAAUUGCUACGAAAGUUGAUAUAAUGCUUUAGGGACCAGAACGAACCUAGCUACUAAAACAGCAAUUACAGCUGAACCACCAUGAAUGCAAGAAAUUAAUAAGCAGCUCCCGUCACCAUUCCAUUUGAGGAAAGGCCCUUAGCAGAGCGUAGCCCUGACUGCAGCAAACCAGCUAAUAUUUUGAAGUAAAUCCCACAUUAAUUAUGCAGCUGUCUACACGUUACAUUGAGGAUUGAGUACAGUUGCCCUGGAAUGUUUUAGUCCCAGCUGAAAGCCUGGGACUGAUGCUCCAAAUAUCAAUCGUACACCACCUGCUUGACGAUUUUGCUCAAAGAAAGGCAGCCAAAGAUGUUGGGUACUAUGUUGCUGUCACAUCUGUGGACAGCAUAGGAGAUGGCAGAGUGAAGCAGGGAACUGGGGAGGUGGAGUUUCCAGUUCUUUUCAGCGGCAUCACCUUCAAGCUUUUCAAGGGAGAGGUCUUACUGGGUGUUGUUCAGGAGGUGCUGAGAUAUGGAGUUCUCUUGCAAAGCGAUCCAGCUGAAACUGUAUUUCUCUCUAACAAGAAAAUGCCGGAUUACCGAUACGUGCGUGGAGACAAUCCAAUGUUCUUGAAUGACAAGCUAUUGUCUAAGAUCGAAAGAGACAUUGUGGUUCGCUUCGUUGUCAUCGGUACUCAACGGAUUCCAGAAAAGAGGGAAUUCCGUGCUGUGGUUGGUUUGGACGCUGAUUAUUUAGGACCAGUUUCUUAAUUAGCUUGUUCAUGGUAUUUUGUGCAUGAUUAUAUAUAUGACCUGGACCUGGACCUGGACAUGGAGGUAUGUUUCCAAUCA